GACCGAGCACCAUUGAGGGCGGAUAACAUUAAGAGCUAGUAGCAUCAUCUUCUUUAUCAUAAAGGAUCAUGGUUUAUAUGUGAAUAUGAGUGGAGCGUUUCCACUGACCUACUUUUCUACAGUAAAUUACGAGGAAACCAUUUUGUCGGGUGUGUCAGGCCUGCUUUCAUCGCCAGAAUAAACACACACCUGUCCAUAGUUUGGAGAUAGCAGCAGGACAAAGAGGACAGAAUGACAGAGCCAGCCGGCAGGUCUGCCCCUGCUGCACGCUUCCCCAGCAUUAGAAUGGACAUGACCUCAUCCAACUACACUGCUGCACAGCUGAGCAGGCCGCUGUGUGUGAAUGGGACGCAGUGGAUCCUUUACCUACUGGAGGAGUGUGUGGACAACGUGUGGGAGUACUGCAGCGUGGUGAUAGGACUCGUAUCCAUGUUUUGUUUCCUGCUGUCCACUUUUCCGCAGGUCUAUGAGGCCUAUCGAAAUGGCAAAGUGGAGCAGGCCAUGUCUUUUGGCUUUCUUUUAUUCCUCUUUAGUGGAGACAUGACCAGCUUUGCAGGGUGCUACCUCACUAGCCAGCUGCCCAUUCAGCUAGUCACCGUAGUGUUCUACAUCUUCACAGACCUGAUCCUCAUCUCCCAAUUUCUCUACUAUAAGAUCAAGAACAGCUCCACUCGAAAGAGCCCUGUGUUGAAGUGGCUGUGCUUCACGUGGUGUGCCGCUGGUACACUGGUCCUCCUGGCUUUACCCAAGCUCAUCAUUGACAAUAGUAUAACUUUAGACAGUCAGAAUCCAUCUACCUCUAAGUCGAUUGAAUUCACUGGCUAUGUGUGUGGAUACCUGGCGUCUGUCUUCUACCUCUGCUCCCGUUUCCCCCAGCUCUAUAAAAAUUUCCAGCGACAAUCCACAGAGGGGACCUCUUAUCUUUUGUUUGCCCUGGCCAUGAUGGGCAAUGGGACGUAUGGGCUGAGUGUCAUUGUCGUCCUACCUGCACUGAGAGGCUCCAAACAGACGUUCAUCAUCAAACAUCUGGCCUGGCUCAUCGGUAGCCUGGGUGUCCUCAUACUUGACUUCCUUGUCACUGCCCAGUUCAUCAUGUACAGAAAAAACAAGUCCGCCAAAAGCAAAGCGCUACUCAGCGUCCCAGAGGUGGAACCUCUCCUGUGUGAGGAAGAGGAAUUCUCAGUGUAAGAGGACCACUUUGGACCAUCCAGUCAAGAACGGACUGGUUAGUCUACACUUCGUUAUGGACCAUUUUUGUGUCUCAUCAUUGAUUAAUGAUAUUUAUAGUAAGCUGUGUCAGAUCUUCUUCUUUUUGUAGGACAUGCACAACAUGAUCAUCUCCUCUGUGCUUUACUGUAGUAUUACAGAUCAGGUUAAGGCAUUUUUCUUCACACAGGAGAUCAAAUUUUAUUAAGUACCACUUUAGAAACAUUUGAGCCCCGCUACGUUUGAUUAAUUCUUCCCGUGGGAUUUCUUUUUGUUUCAAAUGGAAUAACUGUAUUUUUAUAUUUGCGUCAGAGAGCGUAAACAUCCAGAGGAGGAAGCUUUGUGCCAGAUGUGGUUUAUCAAAUGCCAGCUUUAUGGAAGAACAAAGUGCUUGUUAUUACAUGUUUGUGACAGGGUAAAUACUACUGUAGCAGUGUGUGGUUUUAUACUAAACAUUCUGGUUUCCUUCCAACCUUAUUUGCUAUGAUAGUGACGUAAAAUAUACAGUUAUUGUGAGCACAGCAUUAAAGGAACCAAUGUUUUUUAUGUGAACUUGACAGAUAGUUUGGUCGCCCUGGCUUUUAUUUCUUAUGGUUAACAGUGACACACAGGAAUUUGAGAACAACCUCACAUCUGUAGACUUAUGGCUUGUAUUGAAUUAGAAUUAGACAGAAUAUAAAUGUCUGCUGGGACCAUGGCUUCACUUGAAAGAUGGUGCAGAUGCACCCUGGCCUUGAGGCCAUCUGAAAGGGAUGUUUGAAUAUCUCUCUGCUUUUCUCUAGAAAUACUUUCUUUGUGCCUUAUUAAGCUGAACCUAGUCUUAAUAUAAAUGCACUAUGUAUUCAUUUUGAAAUCAAUUAUUUAUAAGUCAUAUUCCUAAAUGAUUGACAGCCGUUUGAAGGACUGUUUCACUUAAGGCUUAUAUUUAUCCUCUCCAUUUCCGACUUACCUUUUUUGUGUGUGUGUCUUGCAUUACCAUCCUGUUGUGCGACAUUUUAAUUACAUAAAUAAAAUAAGAUAUGCCAUUCAA